AUGUUCUUGGAAAUCAAUCAGUAUUACUACUAUUCAAUGUCAAAAAAAGAAUUUUUUCUCAUCAAAGAAGAAGAUAAAGAGAUCAAGCUCGAGAAUUCAUCGCAACCUAAGCAGGAAAUUCAAGAUUCUUGCCAAGUAAAUGAUACAGAACAUGGAAAAGAAGAAGAUAUUGAGGCCUCAAUUUCUUCAUCAAGAGAAGAAUCAGAAAAUCCAUGUUUAAAGCAAUUCCAAGUAGCAGAAUCUGACGAUGGAUUCAAAACUCCGACAUCUUUGGAUCACAAAAUCCCAGUGAUCGAACAAUGCCCACCAGCACCCAAGAAAACCAGGCCUCAGCCCUCAACUUCAACAAAAAGAAAAGCAUCCCCAAGAGCCCUCCAGUUUGAUUAUUCGACAGAAGUUGAAUCAAUGUUUCUUGCAAUUUCCCACGACGAAGACAACGACGUAGUCCAGAAAAUGAAGAAAACUCGACGAGACGAUGAAGAUUGA